GCUGUGCGCCGGAGCUUGUGGCGUCAAUGCGCCCGCGGUGUCCAUGGAGAGAGGUUGGGGUGGCUGAGCUCCGGCCCGAGGCACCCGGGCGCCGGGACGGCGAAGAUGUCGGCCUCGUUAGUCCGGGCCACUGUCCGGGCUGUGAGCAAGAGGAAGCUGCAGCCCACCCGAGCCGCCCUCACCCUGACACCUUCAGCAGUAAACAAGAUAAAACAGCUUCUUAAAGAUAAGCCUGAGCACGUAGGUGUGAAAGUCGGUGUCCGAACUAGGGGUUGUAAUGGCCUUUCUUACACUCUGGAAUAUACAAAGACAAAGGGAGAUUCUGAUGAAGAAGUUGUUCAAGAUGGAGUCAGAGUGUUCAUCGAAAAGAAAGCACAGCUGACACUUUUAGGAACAGAAAUGGACUAUGUUGAAGACAAAUUAUCCAGUGAGUUUGUCUUCAAUAACCCAAACAUCAAAGGAACUUGUGGCUGUGGAGAAAGCUUUAAUAUUUGAAACCUCAGGACUCCUCUGGCUGUAAACUCCAGGAAAGCUUGCUGAAACCUUGGAGCUUGCUGAAGAAAUCAUGUCACUGUCACAUGCCUAAGGUUUAUAAUAUGUGGCCACCUUGUGAGGAAAAUAAAGUGAUGCAUUUUGAAAAUGGAAGCCAAUAUGUUAGAUUCCAGAAGACAUGAUAUUUAUUCUCCAUAUGGGGCAGAAAAUGAGAAGCCAUUGCUCUUUUUGGAUCAUUGUUAUGUAAAGAAAAAAAUCCUACCCUACACUUAAUUCUCGUAUUCCUUUCUGUUAGAACCAGUUUCAAUAAUACUGCCUCCCUGACAGUAAUUCACAAAACAGGUAAUGUGCUUGCUAAAUUUGUAUCAAAUGGCUUGAAUGUGCAUCUCCAUGGGCAUUUUCCCAACCAGAUUAGUGGUUCCCAAAACUCAGAGGUGAGAAGUCCUUGACUACUGAUAGUAACAUGGCAGUGCAUUGUUUUUCUACCCAUAUUGGCAUGACCUCUUUUUUUACAUUUUUAUCAAAAUUGUCAAAUGCCUCAUUUGUAUACCCUUCAACAGUACUAGGAAAAAGACUUCCUUAAAGUGUAGUGCAGAAUAGUUCCAAAUGAUGAGAGAAAAAAGUGAGGAAUAUUUUAUCCACCUGUUUUACGACUUUUUUUUUUUCCAUCCUAAGAGUCUGCUCAAAGCCUACUUAGAUUCUUUUAGUUGUAAGGUCUCUUAAAAACCAUCUAACCCAUUCCCCUCAAUUCUAUAUAGGAAGAAACAAACUCCAGGGAAGCUGAAGGCCACUUGUCCACAUUGCUCUGCAACUAGGAGAGAGCUUGGGCCCUACCCCAUCACCUCAUCCUCAUAGGGAACACUUGUGCUCAGCUUUCCAAGGCAGUGAAGGGAAAUGAUAGUGUGGCUUAAUCUGGUCAACAUUUGGAUAGAGUUUCCUUUAUAAGUUGAUGAGAUCCUAUUGUGUUUUAUUUUGAGAGAGGGGACAAAUAUUAUUUUAAGUCUUUUUUAUGUGAAUCACCAUCUUGUUUCUUUAAAACUUAGAAACACUGGUCUACACUAGUAGAGAAUAUAUUACAGCAGCCCAGACCACUCCAUUCUUUUAAGGUAUAAUAGUGACUAUAAACCAGAACAUGGGGGUCUUUACUUAAAAUUCUCAUGUGUACACUUUCUGGUUCCUAGGUCCAAUUGCUAAAAUUUUUAAAUAUUACAUUUUGAUCACCAACUUUUCUUUUAAAGAAGCCCUUUUUUCACUUAGUCUACUGAUUUUCCUGGGUUUGACAUAUUAAAUAUUCUCUAAGAUGAUAUGCUUUUUUUGAAAGCUGAUUCUCAUGAAUUAAAGUAGCUGAGUUCCUUUGUGUUUGUCCAAUUUACUAAAGUAUCUGACACAAAAUGCACCAAAACUUAGAGCAGCAGUUCCAUGUAUAUGUUCAUGAGUUUGUAUUGAUAAUAUAAUUGUUGAUCUACUCAUAAUUUGUGCAAUACUGUAUGUAGAGAUUGAGUUAUCAAUUAAAAAAAAUGUGGCCUCUA